AAAAGCACAUUGUCGGUGUCCCUCGGAAUCAAGCCUUGAAGCAGGCUUGGGAGACGUGCUGCAGCCAUCGUAUCACGUUUGCUUUGCAACCAGCAAUUGAUUUCAUGAUCGCCACACAUCUUCAACUUCCUGGAUUCAUGUUUAAGUGACCAUGCCAUGCGUGCAGACCCAGUGCAGCUCCUCUCCUCAAGGAGCCAGCCCGGCGUGUCAGAGCGCGGCCGGAGAGCGCAGCUGUGACUUCCUCACCCCGGAGUUUGUCAAGUUCAGCAUGGACCUGGCUAACAGUGAAAUAUCAGCUCCGUCGUCGGGCGCGGAAGCCUACAGCUGUGGCUACGAUGUGAAGCCCCAGUGUCUCUUCCAAAUGCCGCCUCACGGUGAGCUGUCACGCGUCAAGACGGAGGAUGCGCGUAGAUGCCCUGCACGCUUUCAGCACCAUCAACACCCGCAGGCAGCUGAUCUGCUGCCCUCCACGAGUUCCGUUUACUAUUACCAGUCUCCAUCCUCGGGCGCACACAUCACGCCCGACUUUCAAACUCCGCCAGGACCUGCUAUGUGGGAGAACUCUGGUUCUCUGUUCCGUCAAGACUAUCUGGUGGCGGCGCAGAGGGCAAACGCCUUAUCCAGAUUCUCACUGUUUUCCGUGAAACAUACACACGAAGGCAAUCGAAACUUUCCUAACUGCAGUCCGAUGAAAUUUGACCGACCUUUCCACGUGUCUACCAACGUGGACCAAUCAUUGGACUCUUGCGGUCUCCUUUGCUGCACUGGACUGGGAAAGCAGUCGUGUGCAGGAUUUCACCCUCUCCAGCUCGCCCACACUCAGCGCUUAAUAAACAACUUCAGGCAUCCCACGUCCACUCCCAGCCGAGGACGUCCGAGCGCGGAGGGACUGUGCGCGGUCUGCGGGGACAACGCAGCCUGCCAGCACUACGGAGUGCGAACCUGCGAGGGCUGCAAAGGAUUCUUCAAGCGCACAGUGCAGAAAAAUGCCAAGUAUGUGUGUUUGGCGGCCAAGGGUUGCCCCGUGGACAAACGGCGAAGGAACCGCUGCCAAUACUGUCGAUUCCAGAAAUGCCUUGCAGUCGGAAUGGUCAAAGAAGUGGUGCGGACAGACAGUCUCAAAGGUCGCAGGGGUCGCCUUCCCUCCAAACUUAAAGCUCUUCCUGAUUCGUCCUCAUUGGUCAGCACGCUACUGAGCUCCCUUGUCAGAGCCCAUGUGGAGUCUAACCCUUCACCCUCACGGCUUGAUUACUCCAAAUUCAAAGAAGGUCCAGAAAGCCCUCCCGGAGAUGACGCUCAGCACGUGCAUCAGUUUUACGACCUUCUGACCAGAUCAAUGGAGGUGAUUGGGACAUGGGCACUGAAGAUACCAGGAUUUGUCUCUCUGUCCAAACAUGACCAAGACCUCCUCUUCUACUCAGCGUUCUUGGAGCUCUUUGUUUUACGUCUGUCGUACAGAUCUAACCCAGAUGAAGGCAAGCUGAUAUUCUGCGAUGGCUCUGUGUGGCACCGCCUUCAAUGUCUGCGGGGCUUUGGCGAGUGGAUUGACAGCAUUGUUGAGUUCUCCACCAAUCUACAUAGGAUGAAUCUGGACAUCUCCACCUUCUCCUGCAUAUGUGCCCUCACCCUGGUCACUGAGCGACAUGGACUGAAGGAACCGAGUAAGGUGGAGGAGCUGCAGAGCAGCAUUGUGAAAUGUUUAAAGGAUGGCAGCAUAUACCCAGACAGAGACUCAAACACGUGGUCGAACCAUUUGUUCAGACUGGUGGAAAAGCUUCCUGAAAUUCGCACUCUGUGCGUUCAAGGCCUGCAGAGGAUUUUUUAUUUAAAGCUGGAGGAUCUGGUGGCACCACCUGCUAUAAUAGACAAGUUAUUCCUCGACACGUUGCCCUUUUGAAGACACCAGGGGAUACCUUCAAGGACAGUUUAUCAUGUAUACACUGAUCAUUUUGGGGGGAAAUCUGAGCACAGAAAUGUAAAUUUUUAAUCUUAUUUAUCUCUAAAUGUUAAAUGUGAAUUUUGAUUUGAUUGUGAUUUUUAUGCAACCUCCUCCUUUAUUUUAAUAGGAAGAUUACAUUUGCAAAUUCACCGUUGACUUGUAAAAAUACAUGUGGACAUCUGUUAAGUGUCCUUAUGAGGAUAUGUUUAUAUUUUGAAUUGUCUCGUCAUGUUAUAUUGAAUAAAUUACCUUGGAGAGUUGUUGUAUGAAUUUAUUGAGGCUUGUAUCAGAAGCUCUGAAAUAAGGUGAAAUCCAUAUGCAAGGAGUCAUUUGUCCAGUGGUGUAACCAGACAUGCUGGACUCCUCUCAGUAUGAACUCAUGAAUUUAAUGGAUCGCUCAAAUCUAACACUAUCUAAAUCAAAUCUAAAAAAUAUAUACUGCUGACAACAAGUCACUUACGAUGGAGUGGUUCAAUCGCCUGACUUCUGUGUAGGCAGUUUGGGUUCUGACCCCACCUUAGUGGAAGUGCAAAUGUGAGUAUAAAUGGCUGGCGACCAGUCUAGGGUGAAGUCUUCCUUUUGGCCGAUGUCAGCUUGGAUAGGCUCCAG